GUAAUUGCAGAAAUCAGCUGUCUAUCCCCAAUAAGGCAAUGUGGGCAUAUGGGGGGUUAUUGAUAAACAAAAACAAAAGAAAAGUGUAGCCAUUGCAUUGAGAAAAGCAAAAUGAUGGGGAAACUACUUAAUAUGUUUUAGCAACAAGCCAAAAUAUUGCAACUGGAGUGCUCAACCGUCCUAAAUAUAGGUAUAAACUAAAAAAAUUGACUAAUCAGUACUAAAUUAUUGUUUUCGAUGGAAAUACAAAAAAAGUGAAACAGCAAAAGAUUUACCAAAUACCACAUUGAAUUUCAUAACGCAAAAACAGCCAUUAAAAAAACGAAUUAAAAACAAAAGGUUAUUCAAAAGAAAAGCGAUAAUCUUUACAACUCAACAAAAAACAACAACAACAAAACAGAAAGAGCAGCGUUAGUUGUCAUGCCAUUCAUUUCAAAAGAUUGGCGUUCACCUGGUGAAGCAUGGGUUAAAACCGAUGAAGGUUGGGAACGGCUGAAGGUGCUCGAAUGCGGCAAACGAAAACGACUUCCAUCCACUAACGAAGAUAAUUAUGAAAGUGAUGACAACAACGAGGAAACUAUACCACCACACUGCCACAUAACCAUUAGAUGUACCCGAGAAAUAGCCGGUUUUAAUGGAUUGGGUGAAGCCGUACGCCGUUUGGAUUUCCGCAGUUCGGUGCGGGAUCGUCGGCGUUUCCAUUACAUUGUGGCACUGCUGCGUUUGCUGGUGGCCCACAAAGGCAUUGCCAAUUUGUCGGGCAGUGCCCAAAAACAACUGUUGCAAAUGGUAGAAGAAGUUGCCUCGCAUGUUAGCGACAGCCAGCAACAUUUGAAUGUGUUGCGUGGACUUUCACUGCAAUUGCAACACAUUGUGUAUCAGGAGAAUCAGAAAUGCUGGGGCAAACCAUUGGGUAGCUCCAAUCUUUGGCAUGAACAUGUGGAGACUAUUAAGCGUAUACAGCAUCUUGCUAAUCAGAUUGAGAUAAAGGAGCCUGGUCCAGAAAUACGUCCAAAAUUACAUGAUUUGCCUGAGGAGUGCAUUAGGGAGAUCAUAUUGCGCAUUGCUGAUCACAAAGAUUUGGAAGCUUCUGCUGAUGCUUGGAAAAUUAUGUCGAAAUUAGUCAACGAACAACGCAUUUGGCGUGAAUUGAUACGUUUUCACUUUAAUCAAAAUCAAAUUGACUCUAUAUUAGAACUAAAUAAGCUCAAGUGCUUGAAUGAAGUUGAGGACUGGAAGAAAUUCUAUCAUCAGCUACGUCGCACCUAUGGUCUCAACGACAAUUACCAAUUUGCCGAGAUUCUAUCAUUGUGUAGGUAUUGUUGCUGCCUCUUCUGGCCCUCGGAUGGUCAUCCUUGUAUAGUAGAUCAAAGUCCUGACUAUAAGCAGCGCCUGGAGGAAGCCGGUAGUCAGCUGACUCUAAUACAACCAGUGCUUCCAGCACAAUUUUUGAAAUUUUUCUCCUUGUAAUUAUUAUAAAUAUUUUUUAUAAGCAGGUCAGUUUUUGUUUUCCAAAGCUCAUGGUGAUAAAAAAAAAACAGUACUUCGACAAGGUGUCAAAGGAGAUGAGGGAAAAUUAUUUGAGAAAGCAUAAACCGAAUUGCAAUUGUAAGAAACUAAGGAAUAAUGAGACUUUAGGGACGAUUUUAGUAUGAACCCCCUUACUGUAAAAAGAAAAGUAUUGAUUUUAUCCUGGGACUUCACCCAAAGUGAUAUAUUGUGUGGAUCAAGAGGGAAUAUUUACGAAAUAGUAUGUGAAGAAUGAAAUGAAAAAGAACAUACAUAAAUAAAGUGUAAAAACACAAAACAGAUAACUGUGGUAAAAACGAAACAAAAAUGUCAAAUGUUUCAAUUUCAAAGAAUGUAAAAAUAGACAAAAAUUUGAAUAUAAUUUUGAAAGAGAAAAGUGUCGUUUUUCUUCUGCCACUACCUUUUUUUUUGCUAAUAGAUACUAAACAACAUGCAUAUACAUAUUUUGUGACUAUUACUAUAAAUUGUAUGCAUGUAGACAUUAGUUAUGUGACUAUGAAUUUUUUCUAGUUUUUAAGUCUGAUAUUUUAUAUAAUACAAACAAUAUUUUGUUGGUUACAACAUGUCUGCAAUAAUGAAAGUAAUUUCCAUAAGAUAUUUAUUAUAUGUAAGACAUCACAAAAAGGAUACUGUAAUAAUUUCUUAUUAAAAUCAACUUUUCACAUUUAUUUACUGUUCAACUUUGUUUCCAUUCAUUUAAAUUGCUAUACAUAUCGUUACAAAAGAGAAUUUCAAUUGUUGUUGAUUUUAUGGCGAAUUUAUUAUAUUUCUAGGUUUUUAUUUCUUAUCAAAGAAUAAAUAUAUUAAUAUAUAUAUAUAUAUAUAUACUUAUAAAGCAGAGAUUGAAAUUAGUACCAUGCCAACUAAUUGCUAUGAAAUAAUGUUUACAUUUACGUUAUAUUAGGAGCAGAUUUUAAUAAAGAUGUAUGUAUAAUUCUGUCUGUAAAAGAAGUGCAUAUUAAA